AUGGAGAGGCUCCGUGGCCUGGCCAGCGAGGCUUUGGCGUGGCCGUUCCUCGAGGAUGAGCAGCGACUGAUCUGGGCCGCCGUGCUGGAGUUCGACGCGGUGCCUACGCAGGAGUUGCCUCCCUGGUUCUUCGAGCGGCACAACUUCACACGUCGGCGCCUAGGAGUGGACCUCUUCAGCUUGGACGGCCAGCAGGCGAUCCUUUGCCGGGCGGGGAAUUCCACCGGCAAGAAUGUGAAGCGUUUCCUGCGAACGGCCCACUGUGUCCUUGAGGCUCCUCGCUGUACACUCUGGACGGACCGCGGCUGCAACAUCGCGGCAGACUCCCAGAGGUGGCUGCAACGAUACGGCGGUCAGCGGAAGAUCCUGACCAAGAAAAGAUUGCGCCAGCUGUGCCGCGAUAAUGCCACUUCCGUCCUGACAUUUGGUCAGGCUACCGGUGACCCGUUGCCGGACCCGCCACUGCGGCCCUGCCAGGAAGCGUGCCUGGAGGCGUGCGCCAAGGGAGCCCGGGUCAUCGAGAUGGCCUGUGGCACUGGGAAGACGCGCGUGAUCUGCGAGCUGGCGGCGAAGCAGACGGGGAAGGUCUUGGUCAUGGUUCCUUCUCGGGUGCUGCUUGAGCAGUUUGCCGUGGACUUGCCUGGCUUCUGCAAGGUGGGCAUGCGUUACAACGACAACAUCAAUAUGCAAUCCCGAGGCUUCAUUGCUGUGACUGACUCGGUGCAUUUUCUGGACAAGCUGGAAUUUGCGGCCCUGCUUGUCGACGAGGCCCACCACCCUUUGCCCAAAGGAUGUCCGAGCUGCAGUCAGCUCUUCAAGUUCUCGGCCACGCAUGCUGGCGAAGUGGAUUUCAGGUACAGCCUUGGUGAAGCAAUCGGGGACGGCGUGCUGUGCGACUACGACCUCACAGUGCCGGUGACAACCGAAGGACAUCCGUACAUUUGCCUUGCGAACUUGCUGGUGUCGCAAGCCGGGCGGUUUCGCCGAGUGCUCGCGUACUGCAACACCCUCGCAGAAGCCAAGCGGUUCCGGCAGGUGUUGGAGACCGUCGGCUUGGCAGCCUGGCACAUCAACGGGCACACAAGCCGAAAAGAGCGAGAGAGGGUGAUGAACGAAUUUUCCGACGAUCUGCUGAAAACCGUGCAUGUUCUGGUAACGGUUCAGGUCCUGGGCGAGGGGGUCAACAUUCCGAAUGCGGACACCUGCAUGUUCGUGGAGCCACGCAGCAGCUACGUGAGCAUCAUUCAGGCCAUCGGCCGGGUGCUCCGGCCACAUCCUUCGAAGCCUCUGGCUCACAUCGUGCUGCCCGCGGUUGUAAUGCCAGCCACAGCCGGCGCUGCUCACCGUGAGUGGGGUGAUAUGCCUGGUACAGCAAGCAGAACUGAAAGCAGGGCACCAGAUUUGGACGCUGCACAGCAUGGUGGCAUCCUAGAGUCACCGGCAAUUCCGACGCAGGUAAGGCCUGGUGCAACGGCCUUCGCAAGCAGCCAAGCCGCAGCUCAGACUGAAAACAGACACAGUAUCCUGGGCCAGCCCAGCGUGCAGCCAGGACAAACUUCGAGAAAGUCCGCAACGCAGACCGUCGAUGGCUUGGUUAAGAGGCACCGAAGUAAACUUGCAACAAACAAGCUUGAAGCCAGGAGUUGCAGACCCAGGCUUCCGCUUGCUCGGCUGCGGGAUGACAGCAGCGGUGAUACCGAGCCAAAGUCGCUUUUGACUUCUCAGCUGCCGAGGUCUGGAAGCGGUUGCGGCAUGCAGAGCGACGCACAAGGUAGUAGCAAAGGCGACAAAGGCAGUGAGGUGAAGCUUGAAGACACCAGCUUGCAUUCACCGCUUUGGAAGAGUGACAGCGAUGGCACAGAGGCCCGCGACAGCUCCCCGAAGAUAAACAACGGUUGGUCAGGCCAUGGUUCGGAGCAGGAGCUUGGACUUCCGAAUCGUAUCUUGCGACCCGCGUCCGGACACAUGGGCAGCUCUUCUGAAAAGCUGGAGAUGGCUGAAGCUGCUGCCUUCGAAGCCGGACCUGUCAUCUGGCAGCAAUCUGCAGCAGUCACACGUCCGGUGCAUGAGGCCGAAUCGACCUCGUUGAGCAUAAGCCGACCUUCAAUUUCGCACCUCCAGGCUGCAAGUCCCAAUCGGCCGGCUGUGAGCCACAAUGCGCCAGCGUCCACUUCCCGGAAGCUGAAAGUCAACAGGGCCUUCAAUAAUACUGGUCUUUUCGGGCGUGAAAGUAGUGGUCAGCUGGACCGAUUCCUCGAGGCGAUAGCUAAAGCGGACAGUCGAUUCCCUAACAAAGAUGUUAAGCAUUUGCAGUCUCGUCUUUGGGUUGCGAACUGCCAGCUGCUACAAGGAGUGCUGCCGGAGGUUUUAGUUCGGAGCCUGCAGUACAGCUUGGCUUUGAUUCUCCAGCAGCAUGAUCCAUGGGAAGUGCGAUUGCGAGAAGUCGAUGAUUUUGUGCAAGAUCAUGGUAGGCUUCCACGAGAGUCCACGGACGUGCUUACUGAGAAAGCUUUGGCCGUGUGGCUGCGGACAAGCGGUUAUAGAGUGAGGAGACACGGGCUCUCGGCGGCGAAGAUGCAGAAGCUCCUAAAUGUCUCGUCUCCUGAGUUUAGGGCACGUGUUGCGAGGUGGCUAGAUCCAGAGACGCGCUUUCAGAAAUUCUUGAAAGAGUUGCGCGAGUUCGUUCGGGCUCAACGCCGCAUGCCAAUCAACAAGAGGAAGGAACGCGUCCAGGGCGAGUAUGGGUUGGCCCAACGACUGAAUGGAUUCGUGGGCUUCCGGCGCAAAGAUCGCGAGAGGCGGCUCGAGCUGUUGAACAAACAAGGGCCCCUCGUGGAAAAGUGGGUAGCAUCAAGACGCGCACGAAAGCCUCCUCAAGUCUACGAGAGGCGCUGGAAGCCGCAGCUUAAGAAGCUAGUUGACUUCUUGGAUGCUCAUGGUAGGAUGCCGCGAUCGGGGCAUGUUUCGGAGCGGGCUAUGUGCGUUUGGAUUUGCAGACAGCGAAGCAACUUCGAUCGUCUCUCGACCGAUCUGAGAGCAGAGCUGGUCAACUCCCACUCGGAAGUCGCAUCUUUCCUGCGGAGCUGA